AUGCGACUCUUUGGGACAUCUUUAGCCAUUCCUAUCGGGCUCGCUCUGUCGGCUACUGCAUAUGCGAAGGAAGAACGCAGUUCAAAUGUUUGCACCGUCAAAGCACAAGGGCACCAAAAAGAUGACGUCCCUACCAUACUCGAAGCCUUCCACAAAUGUGGUAAUGGUGGCACGAUAGUUUUCCCGGAGGACCAAUCGUACUGGAUCGGAACUCGUUUGAACCCCGUGAUAAGCGAUGUAUCUAUUGAAUGGCGCGGGAAAUGGACAUUUUCAGACGACUUAGAUUACUGGAGAAACCACUCGUACCCAGUUGCAUUCCAAAACCAUGCCGCCGGGUUUAUCAUCACAGGCCACAAUAUCUCAAUUAACGGAUAUGGCACUGGUGGGAUCGACGGCAACGGUAAUACAUGGUAUACAGCAGAAAAAGGCAAUACACAGCCCGGUAGACCGAUGCCAUUUGUCUUCUGGAAUGUGUCCGACGUCAACGUCGAGAACUUCUAUGUCAAAGAUCCCCAGCUGUGGAGUGUAAACAUCAUGAACGGAACAAACAUGCGCUUUGACAACAUCUACUGCAAUGCAACCGCAGUAGACGCGCCGUAUGGCGAGAACUGGGUCCAGAAUACAGAUGGAUUCGACACAAUGGACGUGGAAAACAUACAGCUCACCAAUUUUGUCUACCAAGGCGGUGACGACUGCAUAGCUAUAAAGCCGCGGUCUUUCAAUGUCGACGUUCAUAACGUAACUUGCCGUGGCGGCAAUGGCAUUGCCAUUGGCAGUCUGGGUCAAUACCAAGAAGAUUCAAGCGUGGCUAACAUCCUUAUUGAUGAUGUGAAGAUCAUUCGCUACAACGAGGACAUGCACAACAGUGCCUAUAUCAAAACAUGGGUUGGCGCCCUUGUGCCGCAGAGCUCGUAUGAGAGCGCAGGGCUUCCUCGUGGGGGUGGUUGGGGCAGCGUUCGGAAUGUACUUUUCUCGAACUUUGAUAUCCAGGGUGCUAAUGCUGGACCUGCUAUUACGCAGGACAGUGGGAACAAUGGUUCGUAUUCGGGGACAAGUUUGAUGAGUAUUUCGAAUGUCGCGUUUGUCAAUUUCACGGGUUCUAUCGAGACUACGUCGUCGAAGGUGGCAUCGGUUUCAUGCUCCACUGUUCAUCCGUGCUAUAAUAUUGACUUUGAUAAUGUUGUGCUAUACGGGGAAAAUGCGACCACGCCAGGGGUUGGAUCGUGUAAGUAUACAGAUGGAGUGCAUGGACUUGAAGGAUGUUAG